AGGCGGUGGAUUGUGGUUCCGGUUCCGUCGCGGAGACACGUGAAGGUCGGUGAGUUGCUGCGGAGUUCCUCUCGGCACGCGUGGCGGCGCUGGGAUGGAUGCCUCCUCGUCUUCGUCCGCGGCGGGUUUGGGCUCGGUGGACCCACAGCUGCAGCAUUUCAUCGAGGUGGAGACUCAGAAGCAGCGCUUCCAGCAGCUGGUGCACCAGAUGACGGAACUUUGUUGGGAAAAGUGCAUGGACAAGCCUGGGCCAAAGUUGGAUAGUCGGGCUGAGGCCUGUUUUGUGAACUGUGUUGAGCGCUUCAUUGAUACAAGCCAGUUCAUCUUGAAUCGACUGGAACAGACCCAGAAAACCAAGCCAGUUUUCUCAGAAAGCCUUUCUGACUGAUCUCAGCAUUACCUCUUUGGAAAAGGAAGGUAGUCCAAGAAAUGAAGAGCUGUUGAUGGGAUAGUUGAAGAAAAGGCUAUGGGGGGAUUGGCUCCCACCUUUGUCACUCUUGGGACAUCCUGUCAUCUGAGAAUGAACAAAGACCAGUUGUGUGUGUGUGUGUGUGUGUGUGUGUGUGUGUGUGCGCGUGCGUGCGUGCACGCGCACGCUUUGAGGGACAUAUGUGUAUUUGGCUGUUUUUUAAUGCUAAUCUUGUGAAAACAAUUGACAGAUGAAUGGAAAACUCUACUAGAUGCAUAUUACUGUAUGUGGGACUGUGCUUUCUCAAAGUCCCAUUAAUUGCUCUCUAUGAUUUUGACAGUGGAACUGCUUUCUCUAAUUUGAUAGUGGGACCACAUAGGUACAACCUGUCAUUUGCAUGGAUUCAUUUAGGAUUUCUGGGGAGAUUGUUAUACAUCUUUGUGUCUCUCAGAAAGGGCAGCAAUGAGCGAAGGGUAAUUUGCUACUUAACUGUAGGCCUCCUUAUCUAGUGUUUUGACUAUCAGUGUUGGAAAAAAAUCGAUGGGAUAUUCAUACAAUACACUUCAGCUUUCUAGAUAAUCUCCCCUAUGCUGUGAUUUACUUAAAUAUAUAAAGGUAUGGUCUCAAGGUAGUACAGGUAGCUUGAGUGUCUAGAGGCCUUUGGUUAUAAAGGAAUGUAGCCAGUGAGCAUAAUACUCAUUACUAAACUGCCACAAGGAAGAAGCUUACUGACGCUGUAUAUCAGGGUUGAAAAAAUUCAAAGAUGUGCCUAAGUAGGUUGUAAAGAUUUAGGCCAGUCAAGAACUAACAGCAGUUUCAGGUAGAGGUGCAUGUCUAAUGUUAAUCAGUAUAGGUUCCAUUGAUUGCAUCUUUUUAAUCACUGAAAUAAAAGCUUCUACAAAAUUAAA